GAACUUCGCUCUGCGUUUGACGAAAAUUCAGAGGAGAGAGCCAGUCUGUGAGUUCCUGGCGUUCUUUAGCCAUUAUGUUGAAUAUAGGUGUUGAUUGUCGUUCUAUUUAUUUGAGGGCCGUGUAUUUCAUUGUUGACUUGAUGACCAUUGCUGUGGACUUCGUUGAAUCUACCAUAGCGAGCGUCGACAGAAUGAGAUCGCGCCACCAUACCCCCGACGUCGCUGACAGAGGACACCGGAACACUCAUGCCACUGUCGAGGUAGACAAAAAAAACGGCCUGCUAGUAAACUGGAACUUGAACUCGACACCUCUGCGAUGCGGAGAAGAUAUACAUAUUGAUAAUGGCGAUGACUGGGACAACCAUGGCAUGGAUUUAGACAGCUUUCUUCUC